AUGGUAUUCAUUCUUCGCAAUAAAUCUGAUAUUCAGCGAUUUGCUAUAAUUCGGUAUAGAUAUGCUAUAGGUGAAGAUAUUGUGAUGAAAAAUGUUUAUAGAUGGAUUGUUCAAGCUGUUAAGCGCAAUGUUAAAGAAAUGAGUUUGAAAAUCAGUCAAGGUCAUCCAGAAGCACUUGAAAUUCCCCAUCAACUUGUUAAUUGCAAGUCACUGGUGCACUUGGAAAUGCAAGUGAAUUUUGGUUUCAAAUGUACAGAUGCUAUGUUACCAAAAUCAAUGGAUUUACCUCGGCUCAAAGUUUUGUGGAUUCAUGGAGUUUCGAUCCCCAAUGAAGAACUAUCUAAAAGGAUCUUUUCAAGUUUCCCAGUUCUUGAAAAGUUAUUCGUAUAUCAUUGUGACAUACCAAAUUUGACUGUUAAUUCUCUCAGCCUCGAGAAUUUCGUGUACAAGCGGUUACCUGGUAGUACAGACAAUGUUAUCAAGUUGACUACUCCAAAUCUAAAAUAUUUCCAGUGCAUGUCUUGCGUGACACAAUUAUAUUCUCUAGAAAACUGUUCUCUUCUAUUCGAGGUAAAUUUUAAGUUGGAUCUCAAAGAAAGAGUUUUAGGUGAGAAUACAGAAGCAUAUUGUAAUUUUCUCUCACAUGAAGAAAUGGUAUAUGCUAAACAUAUGACGAAGUUUCUAAGAGAGGCUUGUAUGGUGAGAAAUAUGUGGUUAUCCUAUGGAUUACUCGAGGUUCUCUCAGAAGCGCCUGACUUAUUAUUAGACUCUGAACCACCUUGCUUAUUUAAUAUGCUAUCUUUCUGGAUGAAAAUGCGGUUUACAAGAGGUUGCUUGUGGGCUAUAACGUAUUUGCUCAAGAUUUCUCCUCGGGUACAGAGUAUACUCCUUUACUCCAAGCAGUCAAAUUUAGUGGACGUCGGGGAUGAUUGGGAUGCAGGGUUGUCAUCGCAGGGAUGUUGUCUCGCCUCACUGAUGUUUCUUUCUACAAUGUGGAAGGAUGUGAUGCUAAACUCAAACUUCUGA